CGCGAUGGAGGGCACUCUUUUUGUGCUUGAGCUCAAGAGUCGGUGAAAAGCUGAGAGCUGUUGAAACGCGGUCGCGAAAUUUCGGAGAAGCACACGAGUUACGCAAAUUCGCCAUGCCUGGACGCCCACUUUGGCAAGUUGCUGGCAAGCGUGAGGCAAGCCAAGAAGCAGAAGCUCAACAAUGGAUCGAAGCUGUAAUUGGUGCAAGAUUUCCACCCGGAUUGAGUUACGAGGAUGCUUUGAGGGAUGGUGUCAUCUUCUGCAAGCUCAUGAACAAAUUGCAGCCCGGCCUGAUCUCCAAAAUUAAUACAUCCGGUGGCGAUUAUAAGAUGAUGGACAACCUGAAUCAAUUCCAAAAAGCCUGCGUAAAAUAUGGCGUACCUGAUGUCGAUCUCUUCCAAGCUGUUGAUCUGGUGGAACGUAAAAAUAUCGCUCAAGUGACGAACACCAUCUUCGCCAUUGGACGGACGACGUACAAACAUCCUGAAUGGCGCGGUCCUUGGUUGGGUCCGAAACCAGCGGAGGAAAACAAAAGAUCCUUCACAGAGGAGCAAUUAAGAGCCGGCGAGGGACUUAUCGGCUUGCAAGCUGGAACUAAUAAAGGAGCUACUCAAGCCGGGCAAAAUUUCGGAGCUACGAGAAAGAUACUUCUUGGAAAGUAAUUGAUAGAAGUUGCAUUUUUUUAAUUGCUGCUAGAAAUUUUCUGUUCGACAAAAGGUAAUCUUUUAAAUAAAUAUACAUAUAAAGACAUCGCUAUAUGUGAAAUUAUAUCAUUAGAUUUGUGCACUCAAUACUUUUGCAAAAGGACACUGCGUUUUACAAUUUUUCUUUGUUAGAAUACAUAUACUCUGUAAAAGAAAACUGAAAUAAUUUUUUCCGUUGGAAAAAACAAAUGAGUGAUAUAUGUAUACGUAUCUGACACAACAUUUAUUCUGUGUUUAGUAUAUCUAUUUGACGUGAAUGUAUUUAACAAAGUAAUAAUAAGUAAUAUAUAAUAAUACUUAUACAGUUUGACAAUGUAAA